AUGCCUUUUAACCGAACAGAUUAUGCUUUCUACCACGGGACGGCUCCCUUGUCAUCCUCGGGAUCUUCUCGCGGGAAGCGCCACGUUCCCCAAGUAUUGUACAGAACCAGCCACCGUGUCCUCCUGUACCGAGGCGUGAUCUACGAAUGGGGCGUGGGCUCGACCGAGCCCUCUGAAAAGGUCGCCUGGGAAGGUUGUCGUCCCCUAGGGCACUGCGAUGUUACAUGGUCAAGGAGAGCCGCAGGGUACAGCUCUUGCACUACCGCAGAAGUUACCGCUUACAGCCGAGCGUAUAAGGGACGAUACGGUCAGUACACUUGGUAUUCCAACAACUGCCACCGCUACGUCAACCGCAUGAUGCGCUAUCUGCGCUCCGACUGCUCACGUUUCCCGCGGUAAACCGUCGAUCUACAACUGACAAACUGGUACAUGCUGCCAGUCUGCAAGGCUCUUAACAG